CUAGUGUUGGUGGUCGUAUCACUGCGGCUAUUGUAGCGAAUUUCUUUGUUUCUUUUUCAUUUGCUGGAGUCUACGUAUGGAGCAGCGAAUUGUUUCCAACUGUUAUAAGGUACAGUAAAAUAUCGGUUAUGUCAAGUUUCGCGCACAAUAGAGUUAGGGUUAAGGAUUGGGUUGUAAUCAUAGAGAUUCUAAAAGAACAGGAGUGGUCAUUGAGGGAAAAAUCAAGGAACACAUAGACCUUUCCCCUUUUGAGUGAAAUUUUGAUCUAGACAAGUAUGGACAAAAAUUUCAUCACAGCUUGAAAGAGCAUCACAAAAUUAGUAAUAUUCCGAAGUUUCGUUGCGAAAUGUUGUAAAAUGCGGAUAAUAUAGCCUUGCGAAAUUUGACGUUUUUCAGUCAAUAUUUGAUAUUACAAACGGAAAAUUGAUAAUCAGAUGAUCAAACUGAUGCAAAAUGUUAGAUUGUAAUGCAAAAUGACUGAAAAACGGCAAACUUCGCAAGGCUAUAUUAUCCGCAUUUUACAACAUUUCGCAUCAAAACUUCGGAAUAUUACUAAUUUGGUGAUGCUCGUUCAAAAUGUGAUGAAAUUGUUGCCCAGGCAUAUCUAGAUGAAAAUUUCACUCAAAUGGGGAAAGGUCUAUUGAAGUUUCCUAAUGGGGGCUAGUGUACGUUAUCUGAUUGACUGUAUAAUCUCGUUAUCCGGAUGUAAACUCUCGUUCCCAAAAGUCACGAUUUUUAAUAAUACAACUGUGAAAACAUCGAUUUUUUCCAGUUUUAUCGUAGUUGAGCAAGGACAAAAAGCUCCCAAAAACAAGAAUACCUUCUGUUACGCUAAUUUUUUCCAUAAAUAAAAGUAAAACAGCCAGGUCUUGCGAUAAAACUAGGAUUAAAACCUUAAAUUCGAAUGAAGAAAACAAAUUCAGCCUCUGUUAGCAAGUUCCAAUUUGUCCGUUUCGUUUGACUGAGGUUAUGCCGCUAUCCCCCUCUAUAUUUUUAUAGGUCAAGAUCAAAGAAAUAAUAUAUUCCUGAACGAAACAAGUGGAUGUUACCCAAAUGUUAACCAGUGUAAUGAUACACUGUUAGUAGUAUCUCUGCAAUAAGUUAAUAUUAAUUUCCUUAAAUCCAGAAUUUGUCGAGAUCAAGUCAUUUUAUAUAACUUACCUGUUUUUGUUAAAUAUUUGUAGGUACUUAUUCUUUUUCAGAAUAAAAUAGCUGUAACUGCAAGUAGAUUCAGAUAUAAGCAACUUUAACGGCAUUUAAUUAAGUUAGUUAUUUAUACCGUAAACUGCAUGCUUGGAUUUAGAUUUGCAUGCAAACCCCACAAUUGUAUAAAUUAACAAUCAUUUUUACAUGUUAAGAUUUAUUUAUCACAUGCAUGCAUGACUCCACUCAUAGGCGUCUUAAGAUUGGUUUGGUCGGGGAGGGGAUGGGACGGGGACGGGGCGGGAGGGGGCAAGCAUUUUUUGCGUUGUGAGAAAGGUCUUCAACAUCAAUACCCACAUAACGGGGAAGUUAUUUUCUACAUAGCCAUGCACCUAAAUUCCCGGGCUCCCUGGUGUUGCAACCUAUGACUUAAUUUAUUUGUUCUAUGCAGGGCAACUGGUAUGUCCACGUCAUCUUCUUUUGCAAGAAUUGGCUCGUUUGGCGCCAGCUACAUUGUUUGGCUUGUAAGUAAUUUAAACGUUCUAUAGUAUUAUCACUCUGACAUUUUACCGUUUAGACGUCGACAUUCGAGGCAAAAGGAAUGUUAUUAUACAGUAGCAAUUGGGAAUGCAUUCCCUGGAAAGAGGUCAAUACCAUACAUAUGUAACGUUAUUUGGGAAUUUCGAGAAUAAAUAUUACAAACAGGUUUUAUGAUGGAAAUACACGGACGAGAUUUUUACAGUUAUUGUUUAGUGUGCUCUUCCACUCGCUUCAAACGAUCGGAAUAAGUUAAACACAUGUGCAGUCCAGGGGCGCCGGAAGGACUGAAAAGCGGCGGGGGCAGAAUCUUUAAAAGGGCACUCGAUCGCCGAAGGCGCGAGACCUUUGUAGGGCGUCCAGGGGCAUCCUCCCCCGGGAAAUUUUAUAUCUAGUCUCUGAAAUGCCAUUCCAUGCGUUUUGGGCAGAGACUUGACAUAAUUUUGAGAAUUAAUAAACGUCACGUAAAUUACAAAAAACAGUGAAAAUUUUAAGUAUAUGGGUGGAAUAUUUUGGUAGCUGAUGAAGUCUCACAGUUUGCAGCCAAAUGUUUCUAUACAUAUUACACUAGAUCAGAUUUUUAAUAGAUUAUGAAUAAAUUGAGUAGAUUAUAACAUGUAGGUCACGAACAUUGUGCAAGGAAAAACAAAAAGAGCCCAAAAUAUUUUUACAAUAGCAGGCUAACGCAAAUACAGUUCAUGCAAAUAUACUCGCACAAUAAUGUAGAGUAAACUAAAUUUAUAUAUAAUAAGAUCAAGGAAUAAUAAACCGAUAAUAACCGAUUGUAACACUGUACUAUAAAGAAACCGAUAACUCUAAUAUGUAAUCCUUGCUUCUUUGGCACUUUGCUUGCGUAUGCCGAUGUAUAUCCCAACGAACAAAACUAAUUCAAUUAACUAUCACGGUUCAGUGCUUCUUAAUUAUUUAUAGUAGAGGCAAAGAAGUUAAACAAACUAAAAACUGAACUUAAUGAGGUUGCGUAUCUUGGAUGGAAAAUCACAAGAAGAUGCAUGGAAACAUGGGAUUAGCCAGAGGCCCGUCCACCCGUCUUUUGGACGUGUACUUGUGAAUCUGGCAGUUGAUGUUAAAACUCUAGGAUUUUGUCCGUAGCAAUUAAUACAACCGUGUAAGCUUAAAUUUUACUAUAACAUCACAUUAAACAGUUACUGCACAUCCCUGCACAUACAUCCACAAACAAACAAACAAGCUACAGUUUCCUUUGCAUUUGAAAUAUAUUAUAAGCAUUUUAGGCUGAUUUUAAGAAUAACUUCGGCGGUAUGUUAGUGAGGUAACCAUGGUGUUUGCUCUUCAGUUUUGAGUGUAGUUUUACACGUGUUCUUUUGACUGCUAAGAAUUACUUUUUUAGAAGAUAAAGAUUAAAGAUUUGAUUUCAAAAUUAUUCCAAGAGGAACAUUUUUGCGGAGCGGGGGGGGGGGAGAGGCAGACGGCAGACCUGGUCGAGCAUUUAUGGACGGAUACAUUGCUAGUCCUGGUUAUGUCCCUAGCUGGAAUGCUCUAAAAACCAUCUAGAACAGAGGAAAACUUAUCGCGAAUGCGUUAUUGUCGUGCCAGAGCAUGACUGCGCUAAUCGACUUCAAAAAUGUAGGUGUGUCAAGAAACUAGAAAAAUGUAGAAGGCUUAUAUAACUAACAAGACGAUCAACGUAGCCUGCGUAAUGCGUAAAUGAACCAUGAAAUGAACGUGGUCAUGAUAUGUACCUGACUUAUACAUAUGACGGCAAGUCAACAAUAAUAACUUAUUAGUUAAUGCCUUAAUCCUUUUACUUUGUUGUCACAAAAAGGGGCAACCAGUUGCCCUCGCACUGCCCUCGCACUGUUAGGGCAGCGGGAGCCACUGGCCCCGCUGCCCCCGUGGCUUCGGAGCCCCUACACGCGUGAAAAUCAUCAUGUUGAUGCAAGUUGUUCAAAACAGGAGCGAACAAUGUUGUGCUGCACCCCGUGAACAAUAUUGUUAACAAGUUGUUGAACCAUCAAUAUUGUUGCAACUUGUUGACAAUCAUGUUAACAAGUUGCAACAGUACUGAUGGUUGAACAACUUGUUAACAAUAUUGUUCACGGGGUGCAGCACAACAUUGUUCGCUCCUGUUUUGAACAACGCCGAACAAAAUGAUCAAUUUUUACCCGUGUAGUGCAGUCAAUGCAGGAUGUGGUAAAUUCCAAUGGGCAAGAGCAUGGUUAAUUUUGCAACAUGUUCCUUUAUUUGGAGGCAGGCUAACCUCCGUCGCACGCAUCUCAUUGGUUACCUGCAUGGAUUGCUUUGUUUAGAAAGUUGUUAAAAUAAUUUUACCCGCAUCCAAAUUCUAACUGCUAAUCUAAAUGCGGUACCUGUGGAUUUGCCUAAAUAUUAACUGCCAUCUUACGAACAAAUGCAUUGGUUUGUAAUGGAUAUAAGAUUUAUAUCAAAUUGUAAAACUCUGUCUUGCAGAUUCGUAUCCAUGCAGCGCUACCGUUUAGUAUAAUGGGAGCAAUCGCUCUUCAAGCAGCCGUGCUUGGAUUGUUUUUACCAGAGACCAAGGGUGCAGCAACCAUGGAAACAAUGGAUGACAUGAAGACAGAAGAAGAAAAGGUUGGCGGUGUAGUUGAGAAGAAUGAAUAUACGGAAACUGAAUUUGUGUAA